AUGGCAAAUUGUAAGCCAUCACAAAUAGAAGUAGGUUUGGAUAUAGGUUCAAAGUUGAUCACGCAAGCAAGGGAUGACUGUACGAAGAGAAGAAGCACUCGAAAGAGGCGGAGGACAAGGAGAACAUCGCCAGCGAGCGACGACAAGCUCAGCAGCAAGUUCAGCUCCGCUGCGUCUUCGCUUCAUACCGUAGCACGAUAUGACGAAGGAGAGGAAGACAAGUCCAUUGUUCUUGGGCCUCCGGUCGCCCUCAAGGAUCAGCUAGAGCUUGACAAGGAUGAUGAGAGCCUCAGGAAGUGGAAGGAACAGCUCCUUGGAAAUGUUGAUCUCAAUGAUGUUGGAGAGACUCUGGAGCCAGAAGUACACAUCCAGAGCCUGACAAUUGUGAGCCCUGAUCGUCCCGAUAUGGUUUUGCCAAUUCCCUUCAUCCCCAAUGCUAAGGGUUUUGCAUUUGCUCUCAAGGAUGGAAGCAAAUACAGGCUCAGGUUCUCUCUCACUGUCUCCAACAAUAUUGUUUCAGGCCUCAGAUACACUAACACUGUGUGGAAAGCUGGCGUAAGAGUGGAGAACAACAAGCAGAUGCUAGGAACAUUCAGUCCUCAGAAAGAACCGUAUACGUAUGAACUUGAAGAAGAGACUACUCCUUCUGGUAUCUUUGCAAGGGGAUCCUAUUCUGCUAGAACAAAAUUUGUAGAUGAUGAUGGAAAGAUCUAUUUGGAUAUCAGUUACUUCUUUGAGAUUCGAAAGGACUGGGCAUAGCAUUUUUCAGCAUAUCGAACUAUCCAAGUUUCAAAAUUCUAUGAAGAUCUGCGCUUCUUCUAUCAAAAUAUCCUGUAGUUGGAAUCAAAUUUUUUUUUCCUUUCUGCUCUUACUAUUCUUAGAACAGGGAAGUGUUUUAUGUAUUUUCACGAUUGCUGACAAGUAAACUGAAAGGUUCGUCUAUUGAGAUGAACCAAGCGUCUUGAAGGAA